AUAUGACCUCCCACAUUCGUAAUUUCGUAGAAAAACAUAAGUUUUCCUCAUGUUCCGUGCCGUGCUUUCCCCGAACCACGUUACCGGUAACACCACGGUAUGACGGUAGGUCAAGUGGACCGUUACAAGAUUCAAGGGUAGAUCGCAAGGAGAUGCCAAGUACAGUAAGAUAACUCUAAACCAACUACAAAGGGAAACCUCAGAAAGUCAAUUGCCUCACUCGUGAUCUGCUUAUCUAACAUUGUCCAACAUUACCUAACAAAGAACCCUGACUUAAACCGAUUUUAACCUCCGAUCUCGUUGGACUAACCAUGUCAUCGCUUUAACGUCGGAGUUCCUAUUUAUCUUGAACUGUUCCUGCCGUGAAUUGAACCUGACUAGAAUCUAGACCAAGCCUUUUUACCAAUUGAAGAUUCGCUUUAUUAUCCCACAAAGCAACAAUAAUUCGUCAACUCGUACAACCUAUACCUCUACCUCAACCUAAACAGAAAAAACAACGGGGAUCCAGACAACAAAGAAAGAUGCUCCAAGCCAUCUCCUCCAACCACGACGCCCACCAUGAGCGUCGGCGCAAGAAUUCCCUAGCAAGCCUAACAUCCUCUCUCCAAGACAAUAAGAAGCACCUCCUCCUAGCCGCCUCCGGAUCCGUCGCCACAAUCAAACUCCCCCUAAUAAUCGAAGCCCUAGCCGAGCGCCACUCCCAACGGAACAGCAGCCAAGACCUCAGCAUCCGCGUGCUGUUAACCCCAUCAGCCACACGCUUCCUAUCCGGCCAAUCCCGGGAGCAACCCCCCGUAUCCUCACUCCUCUCCAUGCCAUGCGUGGACGGCGUAUACGUAGAUGCAGACGAGUGGCGCGAGCCGUGGAAGCGCGGCGACGCAAUCCUGCAUAUUGAGCUCCGGCGCUGGGCCGACCUCCUCGUCAUCGCCCCCCUAAGCGCGAACACCAUGGCCAAAAUCGUAGGCGGUUUCGCCGACGGCAUACUGACGAGCGUGGUGCGGGCUUGGGACGCCUGGGGCGAGCUGGACAGCGACACGGGGAGGAAGCGGAAGAAGCACAUUAUCGUCGCGCCCGCCAUGAACACGGCAAUGUGGCGACACCCCGUGACCGCCAAGUCGCUGCGCGUGCUCGAGGAAGAGUGGGGCGUGGGCGGCCACGGCAGCGCAAAAGCGCGUCCCGCGCAUCCCGCAACCGAUGACGAGGGGCCCACUCCUGAGCCGAAGAGGGAGGGAGACGAUGGGGGGUGGUUCGAGGUUUUGAGACCGCAGAGUAAGACACUUGCCUGUGGCGACGUCGGCGACGGCGCUAUGAUGGAGUGGAAGGAGAUCGUGGCUGUUAUUGAGGAGAGGUUGGGGUUGGAGGAGUGACUGGUUGAUUGGGUGGUUGUGUAGAUGGCGAAAGGAUCGCUGGACGGGGCGUUCGGACGAGCGGUGGGGGUGGCGUUGUACGAGAAUUAAAAAAGCAAAGACGGACAAGGGCAACGGGGGUAUCUGGGUGUUUUACCGUCAAAAUAAUCCAGUAUGGGCUUCGUCAAAUGGAGAUGGCUACUCGUUUAAAUCUAGGGAGAUCUACGAAGACAGACGAGUCACGUAUGGAAGACAUAAUAGCAAUAGCAAAGCACAGAAGUAAUCAGAGCCAGUUUAACACAAUGCAAUAUUUGCAACUUAU